CAUACAUGUAGCUGAAUUUACUAUAGAGCACGUGUACUUCAGCUGACUUUUUCGUGGAUCUAAAUCAAACAGAUUGCAGAAUCUAAAAUCUCUUAAUAUACAGUAACAUUACACUUACAAAAAUGCUUAAACAUUUUAAAAAAAGGUUUAAGAAAAAAAACCCAGCCAAGAAUAAAGGUGAGGAGGUUCCACUUAAGGAUGAUGAGCAAAAGACUCAGCACGCAGAGACCUCCGAUGCAGGAGAACAGGAAAGCACAGCCGACUUAAGGAUUGCAUCUGAUUCAGAGGAUGAAGAAGUGAAUGGCGAUAAAGCGCUUGAUAUUCUCAGAAAGAUUCUGAGUGAAUAUUCAAACCCUGAGGACCUUGACAAGGCAGCUGAGGUGUUAAAAAGAUGGAGCAAACUGAAUGGUGUUACCAUAGACAAGAAAGAAGGCAGCUUCCCUCAAAACUGGUUCUGUGAGUAUCUUCAAGAAAUAGAUCAGUUUGUGGAAAACCUUAUUCCCACACUACCAGUAGAGGGAGCACAAGGAUCUCAGUUAGAGAAGUUACAGGUCUUUCUAAAGAACACACAGAGCAAGAUAUGCUUUGAGGUGAUUAGAUUAACACCGGUACUGGAAGAUGCUGGGCUGCUAGUUCAUCUGACUGACAGUUACAGCCGUCAUCUCUUUACCAAGUUGGACCUGCUGCUAAACAGAGAUCUGUCUGUGAAGGAGACCUUCUGCUUAAUAAUGUGGGGAAAAGAUAUUUUCUUCAGCUCAAAACUGACAGUGUACGACCCGCUGCGGUUAACAGGAUGGAUUGAGAGAACAAAGCAGAAACUGCUUUUACAACUUCAGAAUGACAUCUCUAGGACUUUAGAGAACACCCUGCACUAUGAUGAGCAACAUGGACAUAAUGAGGACUCAAUGGAUGAAGAAACGUUCAUAAGAGUUCACAUGGAUGUCAUUCAGUGCCUGAAUCAUGCUAUUUUAGAUGCUAAAAAAGGUGGUCUGACCUUGAUGCAUGCGGUACAAACACUCUGUAGUGAAGAACUGCAUGGUUUUGCUCAGAAGUAUGUGGAUACUGAGAAUAAACGUCUAAAAAAACUAAAGUUCACUGAGAAGAACUCUGUGUAUCUGUUUCGGAUCAUCAACACUUGUAUGCAACUCAGAUGUUGUGCUACACAAAUCAAUCCAGAUAAAAACAACAGCGAUGACGUCUCAAGCACUAUAAACAUGCUACAGAAACUGGAAGAUGAUGCUUUAUCCACUGUACAAAAUAUCAUGGAAAGCUUAGCACAGGACAAUUUAGGAAGUUAUUUCAAGAAAAAGAAUAUGGAUAUUGAUAUCCUGAUGGAGGCAAUCCACGAGCAGUGUUCAUCUCUGCCUGAGACCGCCUUAGAGAUCAAAAUGAUGAUUGUGAAAAUAGCUUACGACUGUGUUUCCAAAGUGUACCUGGAAUGCCUGUUGAAGACAAAUUUCAGAAAGCUAGAGAAGCUUUGGGGAAAUGCUGAGGAAAAGAUAAACGAGGAUGUUCAACGUUUUCACGAAACAUUCUCUGAACUGAAUGGCAAUGUUGCCCAGCAAAACCUGCUCCUUCAGAGAAUGAGUGAAGUUUUGCUUCACAGUGAUGUAGAUGCACUGAAGAUUACCUGUAGUGUUUUGUUUGGAGAUUUCCCAUAUGAGAGUGAGCAGUAUGUACCUGGUCUGCUGCGCUGGAAGGGGGUGUUAUCAGAGCGACAGGUGAAGGAAGUACUGGAUGCAAUCCCGGACCGGUCUCCAAAUCAUAGACCUGUUACCUGUUCUUUGAGCCUUUGUUGUUUUUGUUGUAAAUAGCUUGCUUUAAAAUAAGUGCUUCUGAACCUAUCAACAUUAUUGACUUGAAUCAGUUUUGUAAAAUUCCCCCAAGCCAACUUGCACAUCUGAAGUGUUAUUGCUGCGCAAGGAGGUCAGAUGUUGAAAAUGAUGGUUAAUAUUUUCAAGCAAAGACAUUUGGUAACACUUUAUUUUGAUGGUCCCCCAACAGACAUUCUAUUGACUUUAAGUAACUUUGCAACUAAAUGUCAGCUUAUUCUACUUACCCAAACCCUAACCCCAACCUAACAGUCUACUAAUACUGUAAUGAGUGUUAGUUGACAUGUAGUUGCAAACUUACUUAUAGUUAGAUGAAUGUAUAAAGCGAACCAUCAAAAUGUGUAACCAGACAUUAACUCUUUGUUCAGAUUUUGUGUAAUUUUUUAACUGGGUCCCCAUUAUCUGGUUGUUAGAUUUAGGUGAAGGUCAGUUAGUAAAAGAGUGUUCUCCAAACAUUGUGCUAUUUCUGCCUUCUAGCAUUCAAAUCUGAUCUAAUGUUAAUUUUGUAGCAAGGUCCUAGAUCUUUUCUUUCAUGCCUGUCUACACAUAGCACAGGUGCCAGAGCUACAGAGCUACUCCAGUGACUUUAUCUCCCAGUCUGUCUUAAAUAAUAAAGUGUUUUUUAAAAUGUAGCCAACUAUUAACUCUUUCCCCGCCAUUGACGGAAUUUUCCGGCUUUCCGUGUUUUCACUGUUAUAUGGUAGGGGGCGCUAUUAUGGGUGCUAUUAUUAUCUUCUGAAAGAGUACUAAUGCUGUCUUCAAGUGCAAUCAGAAAUUUCCUACUUCCCAGUUCUGAAGUCGUGAUUAUGAGCUUAUCGCAUUCAAAUUUCGACUUGAGAAAACUAGUAUUUACGAUACUUUCGAUAGCAUGUGAAGGCAGCAUAAAUCUCCUGAUCAAAACACAGGCAAAGAAGAAGCAGAAACAAGCAAUAACAUAUGUAAGUUUUGAUCAUCGUUCUGAAUCCGAUCUAGAUGUAUUCUUUGACAAAAACUCGAUUUUCUCAGCUUUUUACUCAAAAUGUUGCUUUUUUAUUAAACUUACCCACAUUCAAAUGUUGAUUAAAAAAAAGAACGCAUGAAGCUAGAAUAAAACUGUUUUUUAAAAAAAAAAAAAAAAAAAGCUGAGUGUCUGUUAUUUCUUUUGAUAUAUUGCAUGUACAGAUAUUCAUACAACAAAAUAUUAUGCGGGCCACUAAACUUUUGUGAAAAUGAUCAAAAAUACUGACGCUGGCUGACAAUUUUUUUCAAAAAAGCUGGCAGGGUUAAUUGAUAUAGCCUAGGCCUACUUAUUAUGUGCAGGCUGUCCACACUGGUUUCCUAGAUGCGUUUUUGAUAAUCCGAUCUGAAAGGUUCAAAGCUUAAUACAGAUGGAAAUGAGGUUAAAUAACCCUGCAAAGUCAGAAAAAUAAACGGAACAGUUUAUUGAAUAUCAUAUUUGAUACAUCAAGCUUUUAUUAGUAAGAUAGUAAGAUACAUAGGACAAUAGUAGGAUAUAUAAGAGAAUGUAAAUGUAUUCGGUUUUAUUCAGAGGCCUAAACUGAGCAAACUAUAUGCAAUUUAGUGCAGUUGCUGAUAUUAAUGUGGCCAAAAAGUAAGAUAAAAUUCUGAUAGCUUGUAAUGUAAAUCAGUAAGAUCCUUAUAACAAUGUAACAUACUACUUACAUAAAAUGCAUUUAAAUAUUUCACUCAAAACAUAUAAUACAAUGCAAUACAAUGACAAUUGAGAGAUAAACAGUCCUCAAAAGCCUGAUACAGAUGCAAAUUUGACAAUCAGGCUAUAUUUUAACUGUAUCUGUCCUACCUGCACUAAUUCCCGCCACUAGUUUGUUGUCAUGGUUUUUGAUUUGAUUCAUCAAUGUCAGCUGUGUGUCGUUAAUCACCUUUUUGCGCAUGUAUUUAAUUUCCCUUGUUUCUGUUCACCAAUGUCGGGUGUUGUCCGUGUUAUAAGUGUGUGAAGCUCUUGUUUGGAUUUACCUUUGGGUUUAUUAAAGACUGCGUUCUCUCUUCA